UGGAUGACCUUGGACAAUGAUGUGCCCCUGCCACCAGGGGGUGGCUUCGAUGCUGUCAUCUGCCUUGGAAACAGUUUUGCCCACCUGCCAGACUGCAAAGGCGACCAGAGCGAGCACCGGCUGGCGCUGAAGAACAUCACGAGCAUGGUGCGUUCUGGGGGCCUGCUGGUCAUUGACCAUCGCAACUACGACCACAUCCUCAGCACAGGCUGUGCACCCCCAGGAAAGAACAUCUACUAUAAGAGUGACCUGACCAAGGACAUCACGACGUCCGUGCUGACUGUGAACAACAAGGCCCACAUAGUGGCCCUGGACUAUAUGGUGCAGGUGCCAGGGGCUGGCCAGGAUGGUUCCCCUGGCUUGAGUAAGUUCCGGCUUACAGUGGUGCUGCAGGCAACUCCUGACAUGGCCAGCAGGCUUAUGAGAAGAGAAAUGGUCGUGGGGGAGCAUCAGGGGUGGUUAGGAGGUCUCCAUAUAAGUGGAGCAUCACUCCCGGGGUGGACCGAAAGAUCAGGUAAGAGACUGACAAGCAUGCAUGAUUGA